AUGUCCAAAACAAAAGCCAGAAAAAAUCUCCCAGUUCAUAUAGUGGAGCCACAUAAUGAUGUUGUUCCGUUUUUACACCGGGCAAUUGCGUCACGAUUACUUCCAUAUUCAGGCAUUCCUAUGGUACACUUUGACUCACAUCCUGACUUGCUGAUACCCAUCAACUUAGAGGCAGAUGUUGUCUUUAAACCGCAGCUACUUUAUGAGUCUAUUAGUAUUGAAAACUGGUUGUUGCCAUUAACUUAUGCUAAACAUUUGAAUCAAGUUGUUUGGGUGAAGCCACCAUGGGCUCAGCAGAUCCAGACAGCAGAACAGACAUUUUCUAUCGGGAGAUGCACAGCUACUGUGAAGUUAAGGUUAUCCAGCAAAGAGAACUACUUUUUGACAGAAGGCUUGUUUUGUCCAGCUCAAGACCUUGCUGAUGCAAGCAGUGUCAAACUGACAGUUAUAGAACUCUUACCUGACAAGUGGGCCAACCUCAACCCACAAAACAACUCAACUGAUAUUCGUGCAGCUGAAAACAAUACAGAAAGCAGUGAAGAAUUUGUGAAGACCGUGACCAGAAAGCAAAGCGGUAUUGCAGAAUUGCAAGACCUUGUCGGCAACAAACCAUAUAUCUUGGAUGUUGAUCUGGACUUCUUUUCAACUGCAAAUCCUUUCAAAAAUAUGUUGAGACAUGAUGAGGAGGAGGCUUUGAGGAGACUCUAUCACUAUCCUCCAGUCACAGAUUUCUCCGAUGAGAAUAUUGUAGCCUUCACUAAGAGAAGGGAGACACAGCUAAACCAGUUGGAGAAUGUGUUUUCUCACCUGGAAACUAAGUGGUUUGGAGACAAGCUAUCUGAUACAGAGUCCACGCCACAGUCAUGCUCUUCACUUGCUGUUUUUACAGGACAAAAUCUGGAGCAAUUCUCAUUUCUGGAUUCUCAACAGCAGGCUGACCUUCACCUCUUGUGUAGAAGUUGUCUUGAAUACAGAGAGGAAAGGAAUGUAACAUUUAUAAUGCUUCACUUUUUUGGCUGCACCCUGGAUGAUACUGAACUUCCCCAUCAUAUCAGCACAUCAGAACAAGUUCGGGCUCUUCAGACGUCUUUCAAGAAUCUGUUAGAACAUCUUCCCAAACCAACUAUUGUAACUAUUGCCAGGUCAAGCGAUGAUGGAUACUGUCCCAAAGAUGUUGUCGACCAAUACCAGAUAGAUAUUCUUAACAUUUUAGAAGAAUUGUAUGGGCCUUUGCAGAUAAAUAAACACUAUGAAUAG